ACCCCGAUUUUCUUUCAUCGAACUAAGCAGUGCGUUCUUCCUGACGAAACUUCUGGCCAGUGAUUGCAGCGAAAAAGCCAACCUCCGAGCACGGCAAUCGUCGAAGUAAUAAGCGCACGUACGCCACAUUACCGUCCAGAAGGCAAACGCAGGAAGUGGCGACCAGGCAGUCCUACUCGGGAAAAUCGUUCAUGCGAGUAUUCGCUGCGUGCAGUGUGUUUUUCGACUGUUGGUUAGAGUUUCUGAGUGGUGGGUCAUAAUGAUAAAAAAAACGAUAAAUCUCACGUUUGUGGUUCGAUUCGUUCUGUGAAGUGAAAAAAAUACUCGCACCAUUAUCGCAUGUUACAUUCGGCUUCGGUUGAUAUUGAAUGCCAGUAUCGGUCGGCUGGCUACCAACCAGUGUGAACUAGGAAUUACGCCAAGUGCAAACAAAAGUGGACAAGCCGCCAGGCAGGCAGUAGCAGGCAGUAACAGCGGCCCUUUUUAAUCUUUCACUUUUGUCUCGACAAUUACCGAGGCGAAUAUGUUACUGCUGUGUAAUGGUUCCCUGUGAGCUGGUUUUUUGCAUGAACCGCUAAGGAAAACAAGUGCAACGGAAGGAAAAACGCAAGCCAGGCACGAAAAAUAUGUUCGUAGGGUGUCUGUGGAUGGAGAAAAAUCCACCCAGCAGUGCAGGCCAGCCCCGUGUGGAAGGAAACUAGCUCGAUUACACCAUAUUUUCGCUUGAUUGUUCUGCUGGCAUCGUAAGCUAUGGUAGCAUCUGAGAACGAUGAAAAAUAAGUCUAAAAACUCUUUAACGAACGGAAGUGGCAGCAGCAGCGGCAGCAACAGUAGUGGCAGUGGAAGUGAAAAUUACGCCAACGGCAGCACCUAUGGGACCUCUGGGGCAACGACGAUGACCGCCGGGACAGGGGUGGGGGCGGGCAGUGCCUCCGCUGGGACCAUGAAUGGAGGCGGCAGACAUCUUCAAUCCUCCGUUAGCGGGUUGAUUGCUGGAAACACCGCAGGCGGAUCUAUUUCCACCGCCGACGUUGGUGCAUCCGAUCUGGGUGUCGAGUGUGCCGACGAGCAGCAACAUCAGCAGCAACCGAGCAGCUAUCACAACCACAAUGCUCAUCACAAUAAUCGCAACCAUUUGUAUCAGCAGCAAAAGCAGGGUGGUGGUGGUGGUGGCAACAAUCGACCACAUAUAUCGCUCGACAAGUGCGAUGAUUUUCAAUUCAAUGUUCCGCCGGAAGCUCCGGUGUUCGAGCCGUCGGAGGAAGACUUUAAAAAUCCCCUUGUGUACAUCAACAAGAUACGUCCGACGGCGGAAAAGUAUGGAAUCUGCAAAAUACGUCCGCCGAGUUCCUGGCAGCCUCCCUUCACCGUGGAUGUAGAAAAGCUCACAUUCACGCCGCGCAUACAGCGCCUGAACGAGCUGGAAGCGGAAACGCGCAUUAAGCUGAACUUUCUCGAUCAAAUUGCCAAAUUUUGUGAACUGCAAGGAACGACCUUGAAGAUACCGAUGGUAGAGCGCAAACCGCUGGAUCUGUACACCUUGCACAAGAUCGUAAACCAGGAGGGUGGCUUAGAGGUAGUAACGAAGGAACGCAAAUGGUCAAAGGUAGCGUGCCGCAUGGGCUACCAGCAGGGCAAAAGUGUUGGGUCGAAUCUACGGACUCACUAUGACCGUUUGCUCUACCCGUUCGAUGUGUAUCGCUCGGGCAAGGUGGUGGAUUUGGCAAACAUCGAUCCGGAGCCUUCGGAGGAUUGCGAGUAUGAGCCGCAUUGCAUCGAGUCCCGCCAACAGGUGCAGCCUCCCAUGACGACCACAGCUCGUCGUUCGCAACGUUUUGCCCAGCAGCAGAGCAACAGCAAACCUACCUCCACUACCGGUAGCAGUGCUGGCGGCAGUGUUCGCGGCUCGUCGGAUGAGAUGUCUCCGGGCAAGAAGGAACUGCGGCACAGGAGCAUGCUCGAGUUUGCGAGCAAGCUGGCGGCUGCGGCCCGCGAGCAGGCGGCCAGCAAUGGCAGUGCGUGGAAGGAGGAGAAAAGUGCCGGUGGCGGUGGAGCGCAUGGUUACGACCCGAUGGCCAAGUACAUUUGUCACAUGUGUAACCGAGGUGACGUCGAGGAAUCGAUGCUGCUGUGCGACGGAUGUGACGCUUCGUACCAUACGUUCUGCCUAAUGCCACCGUUGCAGGACAUUCCGAAGGGCGACUGGAGAUGCCCGAAGUGUAUUGUGGAGGAAAACUCGAAGCCUGUGGAAGCGUUCGGCUUUGAGCAGGCACAACGCGAGUACACGCUGCAGCAGUUCGGCGAGAUGGCCGAUCAGUUCAAGUCGGACUAUUUCAACAUGCCGGUGCACCUUGUACCGACGGAGCUGGUGGAGAAGGAGUUUUGGCGCAUCGUUUCAUCGAUCGACGAAGACGUAACCGUCGAGUAUGGGGCCGACUUACACACGAUGGAUCACGGCAGUGGCUUUCCGACGAAAGCGUCGCCAUAUCUCACGUCAAGCGAUCAGGAGUAUGCCGAAUCGAGCUGGAACCUUAACAACCUGCCCGUGCUGGACGAAUCGAUCCUGGGCCACAUUAACGCAGAUAUCAGUGGCAUGAAGGUGCCGUGGAUGUACGUCGGCAUGUGCUUUGCCACGUUCUGUUGGCACAACGAGGACCACUGGAGCUACUCGAUCAACUAUCUGCACUGGGGCGAACCGAAAACGUGGUACGGCGUGCCGGGCAGCCGGGCGGAAGAGUUCGAGCUGGCCAUGAAAUCGGCUGCCCCCGAGCUGUUCCACUCGCAGCCGGAUUUGCUGCACCAGCUGGUGACGAUUAUGAAUCCUAACAUUCUGAUGAACGCCAAUGUUCCCGUGUACCGGACGGAUCAGCACGCGGGCGAAUUUGUCGUAACAUUCCCGCGCGCGUAUCACGCCGGCUUUAACCAGGGAUACAACUUUGCCGAGGCUGUAAAUUUUGCGCCCGCCGAUUGGAUGAAGAUGGGCCGGGAGUGCGUGAACCAUUACUCCAAGCUGCGGCGGUACUGUGUGUUUUCGCACGACGAGCUCGUGUGCAAGAUGGCGCUCGAGCCGGACAGGCUGAAUCUGGGAAUUGCGACCGCGUGCUACAUCGAUAUGGCGGAAAUGGUGGAUACCGAGAAGAAGCUGCGAAAGAAUCUGUUGGAAUGGGGAGUGUCCAAUGCUGAACGGGAAGCGUUCGAACUGCUGACAGACGACGCUAGGCAGUGUGAAAUCUGCAAAACGACCUGCUUCCUGUCGGCCGUCAACUGCAAAUGCACCAAGAACCUGGCCUGCCUGCGCCAUUUUGCCGAGCUGUGCGAAUGUCCGCCGGAAAACCACACGCUCAAGUAUCGCUACACGCUGGACGAAUUACCGCUGAUGGUGCAGAAGCUGAAGGUGAAGGCGGAAUCGUUCGAGAAAUGGUUGUUCCGUGUCCGGGACGUGCUCGAUCCGUCGGUUGCGAGCAGCAUCACGCUCGAGGAGCUGCAAAGCAUUGCGCACGAGGCGGAAAGCCAAAAGUUUCCGAACAGUGUCAUCUUGGAGCGCCUGAACCUGUCCAUCCUGGAGGCCCAGAAGUGCAUUACGGUCAUCCAGCAGCUGGACAUCAAUAAAAUACGCACGCGCACGCGCAACUCGCUCGAGUGCGCCAAGUACAAGCUGACGAUGGACGAGCUGGAGCUGUUUAUCAAUGAAAUCAACAACCUGCGCUGCGUCAUUCGCGAAGGAGACAGCGUUCGCGAGCUGCAACGCAUCGGGCAGGAAUGGUUGCGCCAAGCAGAUAAAGCGCUAAAGCUGCGCUUCAAGGACACGAACGUGCAGCAGCUCAAUCAGCUGAUCGAGGACGGAAAUGGGCUGUGCAUCGAGCUGCCCCAGAUUACGGAGCUGAGGGACCGGUUGACGCAAUACAAAUGGUAUCGGGAGGUGCGAACGUUACGCGAAAACACGGUCGAUCGGCUCUCGCUGGAGGAAAUCAAGAAGCUGAUAAACGAAGGCAUGCGCAUUCUACCGCACACAGUAUUAGAGAAAGAGCUGUCCCAGUUGCACGGCAUUAUGCUGCAGAUUGUCGAUUGGGAGCAGUCCGCUAAUCAGUGCUUCAAAACGGAAACGCAACACAAGAUCAGUGAGAUUGACAGUCUGCUGGAGCGUGCGCAAAACAUCGAGGCAUUCUUGCCACUGGCCGGUCAGCUGAAGGAUGUGCUGCAUAAAUCGAAGGAAUGGUUGCACGCGAUCGAAGCGCUAGAAAGCAGCAAAAACUACAACUUUUUCCACACACUCCAGAACUUGGCGAAUCGGGCCAAGCUGCUGCCGGUGGAGAUGGAAAGCAAGCUGCUGUGUGAAACCAUCUUCGGCACAACGACAGCCGGUGGCGGUUGCUACAAUCGAAACGGCGGUCAAAUGUUGCUGUUCAACUCGAGAGGCUUCAUCGGGGCUAGCGGUGAGGAAUGGCGCGGCAGUAGAUCGUCCUCAUCGCCUUCCACCUCCUUGCUGAAGCGGAAGCGGAAGGGUUCAAUCUCGAACCUGGAUGAUCCGAUAAUUCCAAGCGGCGGAUUAGAAACAAUUAUGAAAAAGAUCAAGGAGGACAGCGGCAUUGGGGAGCAGGAUAAGCGAUUGUUGAGGGCAAAGCUGCUGCUGGACUGGAACGAGUCGGAAGGUGGAUUAGCAAACAGUGGGGACAAGCACAUGCUUGGAAGCUACGCGAGCGUGCAGAAGCAGCAACCGCAGCAGCAACAUCGUCCGAAUAGCGUUGGUUGCGAUGUCGUUUAUCAUUGCGCCAAGUGCUACGAGAUGGUGGCCAAAGCAAACGUGUUACGGAAGUAUCGUCAUAAGCAACAUCAUCAUCAUUGCCGGCACCACGAGCGGCAUAGCAGGGCGAUGGCCGUAAAGCAGGAGCAGAAUCAACAACAGACCGCUAACGCCAGCAAUAUGUCGGCCAUGGAACAGCUGUUGCAGAUAAAGAUACUAAGCGAGGAUGAUUUUGCUGUCGUAAAGGGAGCGACGACAACCGACGCGGCGGGAAGUAGUUUUGAUGAUUUUUCGUUCAAAUUUGGUGGCGACCACUACGAUGGCGAAGACGAGCCCGACGAUGAGGAGGCAGCGGACGAGGUGAAAGCGGAGGACGAGGAUGACGAUGAGGAGGAGGCUGGCGACGGUGUCGGACAGCUCGGGAGGAAUGGGUGCCAUGGCUGUAAACCACCGGACGAGCAUCGUGAACGAGAAUCAGGCGUGCUCAAACCUUUGCUAGCGUGCACGGCCGGUGCCAGCAGGAUAAAGGCGGAACCGCUCGACAAUGCUGACAGCAGCACCGAUGACAGGGAGAGGGAGGAAGCUCGAAAAGCGCGGUGUCUAGAGAGCACUAGUCAAGGAUCGGAAUCCCAGCCCACGGCAAACGGUGGGAACCGCAAUUCCAGCGGAGCCAACGGCGUGAGCACCUCCACGAACGGCUCCCAACAGCAGCAACAGCGGCACGAUGAUCGUCAGCGACAAGAACAACAACACCAACAGACUAAGGUAGAACACUUAUGAUGAAGCAAACACCAUCGGGGGGGCAUCAACAACAGCGGUGAUGCGUUCGGCCCAUAAGUCAGACAGACGGCGGCGGUAUGAGUUUUGUGGCUGACAGAACUGAAUUUUAAAAUAUACUUGCUUCAGUAUAUUUCUGCGAGGGGCGAACGGUGUAUAGACGGAAAGUAGCUAAAGGCCCACCUGCUGAUUCUUAUCAUCCUUUACGAUGAUGGACGCACGAAGUAAAUGAACAAACGCAAGAGCUGGACACGAUUAUAUGCGGUUUGCGGGAGGAGUGUAGCUUCGGUUAAAUUAUUAGGCACUAGCUCGAUUUUCAUUUAAAUGGAUAAGUUUUGGAAGCAGAAUUGGACGUUGAACGGAACGGAACGGAGAGAACCGUCGAGUGCUCGUGAGUGUUUUGGUUUGUUUGUACACUUCUGCUUGUAUAGAGCCUUUCGCGCAGAAGAUGUUAGUGGUAGGGUGCGCUAGAUAUGUGGUAGUAGUAGCAGCAAAAAGGUACCUAGAGUUUGGACAUGUAGUCGUCGAUUUGACACACAUCCUAACGAUCUUUUCAAACACGCAAACACACACACACACACACACAAACACAUACGUCUAUAUACAUUUGCUCUUGAGUUGUACUGAAAAGCAUAAGCAUUACAAUAGCUGUGUUGCGAGUGGAAUAUAGCGAUGGCUGUAUUUAAUCUUAUGUGCGCAUAUUGAGACAUCGGGGACAACUGCCAGCUUCAGAUUCACUACCACCACAGAUACAAAGGCACACAAAUGAGUCCUUUCUCCUCCGUUGCGCUAGGAAGAAGUGUCGUAUGUGAUGAGGCGUGUUUCGAACUGGACACAUUUUACAGCGCUAGUUUCGCUUUAUUUUUUAAUACUUUGUGCAUUAUUAUAUGACGACGCCUCUCCGCGUCACGGGCGGAGAGGGAUAGUGUUGUAGUAUGCUGAACAUAUUAUGGUCGGGCAUAUUUUUAAUAGUAAAAAACGAAGAAGAAAAAAAAAACACAACUCACAUAUGAAGAUAGCUGUGCAGACGGCCAUCACGUUCGUACAAUUUUGGAUCGAAAUGGCAUGGACGAGUUCAACAACGCUUUUUCGUUAACGAUUGUGGUUUUUGCUCCGGUAUGGAUGGGGUACAAAAAGAUAUUGUUCCGGUAUACAAAGGGUGGGGAAGAUCUCUAUCGUAAGGCUUCACACGGCUAUCAGUCCCACAUGAAACAGAAAAAAGUAAACUAAAACCGAUGUAAACACACAUCAUCCUGCGCGCAUUCAAAGAAUAAAACAAAAACAAAAAAAAAACACAUUCACGCACUACCACCACCACCACCCAUACCACCUCUCUAUGCACUUUUGGACCAGACCCCGCGAGGCGCGCGUUGCUGUGACAGUGUGGUAGCAGAAUGAAUUCCCCAACAUUAAAUUAUGAUGCAGCUAUGUUUCGUUCUAGUAAUAAAAUUUAAAAAAAUCAACCCUA